AGCUUUGGCAUUGAGGAAUUUGAAAUCGAGGAGAACCAAGCGAACGACAUUAUCGAUGAUGAAAGUACUAAAUCAACACUAAAAAUGGCCAUGAUGAACAUGACAAAUUCUAUUGUUGGUGCUGGAAUCAUAUCUCAAGCCUACUCUGUUUACAACUGUGGGAUCAUUGGCUAUAUCCUUGGGUUGGUUAUAUUGACUGUGCUAGUCGAUUGGACAAUUCGUUUGAUCAUCAUCAAUUCAAAACUAAGUGGAUCAACAUCUUAUCAAGAAGUUUGUUUUAAAUGCUUUGGCAAAAAGGGCAAAAUAUUGAUAUUGCUAUCUCAGGGAUUGUUUGCAGUUGGUGGUGCAAUGGCUUUUUGCAUUAUUAUUGGUGAUACAAUACCUCAUUUUCUAAAAUUUAUUUUCAAAAAACUAAUUGACAAAUUCAACUGGUUAAAUUUUUUUUUUGAAAGAAAUUUUGUUAUUAUCAUGGUUACAUCUUUAAUAAGUUAUCCACUAUCGCUAAGUAGGAAUAUUUCUGAACUUGGGAAAGCGAGCUUGUUAGCAUUACUUUCUAUGCUAGUUAUUGUUUUAAUUGUACUAAUUAAUGGUCAUUUUCUCAUUAAAAAUGACUUAAAGGGUGUUAUUGACAGUAAAUGGUUAAUUUUCAUUAAAUUUGACUCAUUAUUUGAAGGAUUAAGUGUUAUUUCGUUUGCAUUAGUUUGUCACCACAACAGUUUAUUUAUUUAUCAUUCUUUAAAGACUCCAACAUUGGAUCGAUUCACAAAAUUGACUCAUUACAGCUGUUUUAUUUCUUUAAUUUGCUGUGGAUUAAUGGGUCUUGGUGGUUUCUCGAUAUUUAGAGAUAAGGUUAAAGGAAAUAUUUUAAAUAAUUUUCCAAGUGACGAUGUCUUAACAAAUAUUGCAAGAUUUUGCUUCGGUUUAAAUAUGCUAACUACUUUUCCUUUAGAGAUAUUUGUUGUUAGAGAUGUUAUAAAAGAUCUUCAACAACAAGAAUCUUUUCUACCAAAUAACACAGAUGAAAAUGAUAAUCAAAUCUAUUCUGAUCAUGAAUUAAGUGAUAAACAACAUUUUAUAAUAACCACAGUCUGUGUAUUUUUGUCAAUGAGCGUAUCGCUAUUUACAUGUAAUCUUGGUGUGAUGUUAGAAAUAGUUGGCUCAACUACAGCUUCAUUGAUGGCAUAUAUUUUUCCCCCUUUGUGCUAUUUGAAGUUAACAAACAAUGGAAAUAAAAAUUGGAAAGAGAAAUUUCCAUCUUACUUUACUAUAACUUUUGGGUUUAUGAUUAUGUUCAUUUCUACAUAUCAAACAAUAAAAAAAAUACAGAAUGAUGAUGAACAAACCCAUUGUGUCGAAUGA